CCGGACUUGACACGAGUGCGGCUGCUGCAUGCGACUAGCCGCCGGAUAUUCGCCAUACUUUGCUUAUCCUGUGCAUCGGAAAAUAUCGAAUGCGAGGUUCUGUUGUCCAUCACCAGGGUUUUUUUUUGGGAUUCCACUUCACUGCUCCUUCCUGACUUAGUGGAGAUCUAACUCAGAGAUGGGGUCUCUCAUGGCUGGCUGGAACUCUCCUCGCACCAAGAAAAGAUUUGAGCGAAACUUGUCCCUCACCAAAGAGGAAAUUGACUCCUACUGGCGUGUCAAGAAGGCGGAUCAGAGCUCUCCCCAAGCUAGAACUCCAAAUGUGCCAGCACUGAACCUCGCAAAGAAGACGAUCCAGAAGAGCAGUACCUUUUCGAGCCAGGAUGAUGAUCAUAUGGCGAGCGAGUGCGCCAGAAUUCUUCAGCUUUCUCCGCACAAGGAAGUCCUCAAGAGCAAGACUUUCAACGGGCGCGAGGCGGAGGCCGAAGUUCAUUCGGAGCUUCUAGUCGGCUCCGCUCCUGCCGCAUGGUGGACAAAAACAGAUCUGGCAUUUCUUAAUGAGCGACCGGUGCUGGAAUCUGUGGUCGGCAGGGCCUCCCAGUUCAAGUAUGAGUCGCAGUUUAAAGUCACGGAGGCACUCAAGACUGACGAUCAAUCUCAUAGAUCCGCUUCCAGCUCUACGUUUGUGUUCUAAAAGAUUACGUUUCUUAUAGAGCUGAGCUGUGUACAUAUUAUAUAUACAGAAGUCCUCGUGUCAAGAUUGAGGUUUUCUUGUUUUUAGAAAACUAUCGCUCCAGGCUCAUGCUCCUCGAGCCAGUCUCAGCGCCUCCACUCUGCAAUAUCUCUGCGAUUAUCUCCGGCUAUUUAUAUGUAAUAAAUAAUGAAAAUAUGACUCAAAUGCAA